UUCUCACUUCUCUCUGCCAUUUCCAUUUCUCCCUUUUCUCCUUCUUCUUCCUCCUCUCUUUCUUUCUUUCUCUUUCUCCUUCUCUCCAAUGGACACACGUUUCAAGCUCCGUCUCUCUCGUGUCUUCCAAUCCUCUUUCGCCUCUUGCCGUUCCCGUAAUCUCUCCGAUAUCCUCCAUAAAGCCGUCUUCAUUCCCUCCUCCUCCGACGAUGCCAGUUUCCGCAAGAUCUCACCCUCCGAAACCUCUUCCGAUUUCCUUCUCCCCCGCCGCAAAAUCUCCCGCCGCUUCCCUCUCUCCCCUUUACCCUCUGCAAUUUCCGGUGGCCGUACUUGCCCUCCGACUUCCCCGAUCUCCCCCUCAAAACCCAUCUCCGAGAAAAUGACAACCUCAACGAAGAAGAAGAACAAACAUAAGAAACAAAGGAAACAGAGGAAACAGAGUAAGAGGGAGAUUCCGUUCAGCCUCUUUAGUUCAUCGAAUUUCGGUGGUACAUGGUGGUACAGUAGCGAGGAUGAAGACGACGAUGAUGAAACGGACACCCUCUUCUCUUCGAAAUCGCGUUCUUCUGAUUCGUCGGCAUCUCACCGACGACAGAAGUCACGGCGGAGAAGAGGAGGUCGGAGCCGGGGGUCUGAAAUGGGAGUUUUGCCGUUGAAAGGGAAAGUGAAAGAUAGUUUUGCAGUGGUGAAGAAAUCGAGCGAUCCGUAUAAUGAUUUUAGAAUGUCAAUGUUGGAGAUGAUUGUUGAGAAACAGAUAUUUUCAGCUAAAGAUCUUGAACAACUCUUGCAAUGUUUUCUCUCUUUGAAUUCUCAUCAUCACCAUAAUGUGAUUCUUGAGGUGUUCACUGAGAUUUGGGAAGCUCUGUUUUCAGAUUGGGGAUCUUGAUGAAUCAUGGAUCGAUCAUGAACAAACAAAACCUAUAUCCCCUUUGUUUAUUUAUUUAUUUUUCUCUUAUUUUGUUUGUAAGAUUAGUAAAUUAAUUAAUAUCUAACUCACUUCUAUUGC